AUGAAAAACAAUACCACCUCUUCGAAAUUUGCUGUCGAAGUCAAUGAUUUAAACUAUCAAUUUUCAGGUUCAACUCAAGAAGCUUUACACGAUAUAAAACUACAAAUUCCAUGGAAUUCAAGAACUUUAUUAAUUGGUUCCAACGGUGCUGGGAAAUCCACAUUACUAAAAUUAUUAGCAGGUAAGCAAUUAUGCCUAACUGGUGAAAUUUUUAUUAAUGGUAUCAAUCCUUUUUCAUCUCAGUACAGAAAUGAACAAGAAUUUGGUAUGAAUACUUCGACUUAUUUGGGAACAGAAUGGUGCCACAUGGAAAUUAUCAAUAGAGAUAUUGGUGUAUUAGAAUUAUUAGACAGUAUAGGAUACACCAGGUUUUUCAAACAAAGAGGUGAUGAAUUGAUUAAAAUUUUAGAAGUCGAUCUGGAAUGGAGGAUGCACAAAUUAAGUGAUGGACAAAAACGAAGAGUACAAUUGGUAAUGGGAUUGUUAAAACCAUUUAAACUUUUAUUAUUGGAUGAAGUUACUGUUGAUUUAGAUGUUGUUGCAAGAUCUAAAUUGUUAAAAUUUUUAAAAUUAGAAACAGAGAUUAGAGAGUGCAGUGUUAUCUACGCCACACAUAUUUUUGAUGGCUUGAAUGAAUGGCCUCUUCGAUUAAUUCAUAUGAGUAAAGGUUCUAUUGUACAAGAUGUCGAUUAUAAAAAAAAUGUUGUUUUUAGGAACGACAAGUCUGGUGGUGAUAUUGUUGGUACUAAUGGCUCGGUUAUAGAAGUGGAGAUGUGCAAAAGUUUACAUCCCUUAGCGUUGAAGUGGUUAUUAAAAGAUCAAAAUACCGAUUUAUAA